AUGAUUCUUUUGGUAUGGUUGGUUAGCGCUAUUACUGGUACUGUAUAUUCGCACGGAUUCAACCAAUGGUUGCCACCGUUCAACGAGAGUGCACGAAUUUACGAACUUUGCACGAACGAGAUGGACGAUGUCAUUUUGCUUCGGCCAGAUCCUUCGAGGGUGAAGUUUUACAUGGAAAAAUACGUCCUAUGCUAUCCAGAUUUCGCAAAAUUUGUACCGAAGAAAGAUCAGGGAUUGGUGUGGCUGAUGAGAUCACUACGGUUUUGUGAAGUAAAUCAAAUCCUCGCAUACAGUCGUUACGCUCAUAAAUAUCAUCGAGAUUUUCAGACGUUGUUCCUCAAGUACGCUUAUGCCUUGGUAUGCGGCAAAGGUCGGCUGGUUCCCAAAGACGAACAUUUCAAUUUGUAUCUUUAUUCUUCUAUAUUCAAAGCUCUAUAUGAACGAGAUAACGCGGAUAGGAUGCUUAUCUGUCAGCGAGUAUCAGAUGUGUAUUCCGAUUUGUAUAGUAGGUGCUACGUUCCACAUGUGGAAAAGCGGCAAAAGAAAAUUAAUGAGAGAUGUUCCGGAGUCUCGACUCCAUUGUUGAAGUUUCCAUCGUUUUUCCAACGUUUUUCGCGACAUUGCGAUGACUUCAACCGAUUUAUCAACACAUCUGUGGCUAUCUCUAACAUGGGUCUGGCACUCUCCGAAGACAUUCUAUUUAUGAAUUUACUCAGCUCAAGCAUGGUGUCUAACAUUCAUUCGGACUCCGAAUUACCGUCUCUCGUCCUGAAGACGCGUCUUCUUUUGCAGCAUUUUUCGUUAGCCGCAAUUAAAUUGUGGAAACAAAUCGAUCAAGUUAGAAAAUGUAGGCAAGCGGUGAUCCGAGAAAUGGAGCGCAACGAAUCUUCGAGUGACAAUGAGACGGAGGAGGCGAGGGCAGAUCGAGUCUCAGCACACGUGACACACUCGUGUUGUCCUCAUAACAACGCUCACAUUUGUGAUCUGAACAAUGACCGGAAAUAUAGAUCCUUGUCGAAUCGUGCUUGGCGCAGUUUCUACGUUGAACUGUGUCUGUUAGUGCUGGUGAUGUUCAACACCAUACUUCUUGCCGUCCUGCUUCUAAAAACUAAGAGAAGUCUUUCAACUGCUACUGUUCUCUUCGUGUUCAACAUAAUGUUUUCAAAUUUGCUAUUUUUCUGUUCAUUCUUGUUUUUUAUGCGUGAUCUCUUCGAUGACCACCCGUACGGAAACGUGAACGAAGAUUACAUGGAAAAGUCGCCGGAGUUGGUCGUUGCGGAAACGUUACAGACUCAUCUCUUCGCUUCAGAGGAGUUCCGGAAGCAUCUCAUCCAGGAAACUUUAUAUUCCCUUGCACAAAACGGUAGCCUUACUGGACUCAUCCACUUGCUUGUUCUUGUGCUGGUGGUGAUCAAUCGGUCAAUGUCCGGAAAAUCAAUCCAUCUGUCAAGAGUCUCAGUAAUUUCCGUAUUCGCUUGUGUUUGGGUCUUUUUGAUUUUCUCUCACCUACUUUUCUCAAUGCUUCAGAUCAACGCUAUCCAAAAUCUCGACGAACUUUUCUCCACACUCUCAAAAGGCAAAACUUAUCUUCAGUGUGAAAUACUCCCUGUAUCAAAUUACGCUGAAAUUGCGGGUCAUUGCGACCGGACGGCAGUAUUCCACGCAUUUGGCGUCUAUCUUCUACGUGGUCACACAUUGUUCACCCUACUGUUUCUUGUCGCAUCAAUCCUGAUUUUUACGAUUACGAUCACGUAUCAUUGCCGCAUUCGCAGACAACACGAUUUUAUCCACAGUGGAUUACGGGAUCAAUCUCCGCAUCGACGUCGAGAGAAGCUGUUUCACACGCUGAUAUUUUCGAUAGCCACAUUUUUCGUGUCCGUGCUAGGCCAAACCUACAUAGAAAUUGCCGUAUUUUGGGUUGACGACAGGGAAGAGAUAGCGACGCUGACAAAAUGGUAUCAUUUUGCUCGUAUAGCUGCAUUUGUGGAUCCGGUGCUUAACCCACUUCUAGUCGUUGCUAGAACUCCUGCACUACGAAGACAGCUUCGCGCCCAAUGGACAUCGUUGCGGUCGCGAGCCUCUUCGCACACCACGAAAUCCAGGCGUACUGGAAGUGGACGAGCAUCGUUACGUCGGGCCGGUUCGCAACAUCGACGAUGCGAUGUGGAAGUAAAAUUGAUAAAACCGGAUCGGCCGGAGGGAUUGUUUAGAAGAGUGGGAUUUCCUUUCCUGAUGCAUUUCGCGUCUCGUGCUUGUUCUUUUCGUCGAAGUCAGGAUUCGCAGACGCAUAAUUCUGUUGUGUAA